AUGGCAAUUUCAUCUUCUUGUCCAACCGUCAAAGCCGUUAACUCACGGUGGACAUCACCAUCUCCGUCACCAGUAUCCAAAUUCGCCGUCUUCCGUCGCCCCUCUCUGUUACCAGAGCUCCGUUACACACCAAACGUCAGACUAACGGCGACCAACGCCUUGAGAACCGCUGAGCAAGCGACGUUGGCGGAGGAGGAUCAUAAAUUCUCUACCGCCGGAUCUGAUGAAGACGAUUCAGCGUUGCUUCCAAAGCCCAGGAUCCUCGUCGCCGAGAAGCUCGGAGAAGCCGGAGUCAAUCUCCUCCGAGAAUUCGGCGACGUAGACUGCUCUUACGAUCUUUCACCGGAGGAUCUGAAGAAGAAAGUGGCGGAGAGCGACGCUUUGAUCGUGAGAAGUGGAACGAAAGUGACGAGGGAAGUGUUUGAGGCGGCGAAGGGGAGGUUGAAGGUGGUUGGUAGAGCCGGCGUUGGAAUUGACAAUGUCGAUCUGCAGGCGGCGACGGAGUACGGUUGUUUGGUGGUUAAUGCUCCGACGGCUAAUACGGUUGCUGCCGCUGAACACGGUAUUGCUUUGCUUGCUGGUAUGGCACGUAACAUUGCUCAGGCGGACGCUUCCAUUAAAGCCGGAAAAUGGGAGAGGAGCAAAUACGUCGGCGUAUCUCUCGUCGGAAAAACGUUAGCGGUGAUGGGCUUCGGGAAAGUCGGGACAGAGGUGGCGAGGCGAGCCAAGGGUCUUGGCAUGAACGUUAUCUCUCACGACCCUUACGCACCAGCAGACAGAGCCAGAGCCCUCGGCGUCGAGCUUGUCUCCUUUGACAAAGCUAUUGCCACCGCCGAUUUUAUCUCCCUACACAUGCCGUUAACUCCGGCAACGAAGAAGGUCUUCAACGACGAAACCUUCUCCAAGAUGAAGAAAGGCGUCCGUCUCGUCAACGUCGCUAGAGGUGGCGUUAUCGAUGAAGACGCUCUAGUUAGAGCUCUCGACGCAGGGAUCGUCGCUCAGGCAGCGUUAGAUGUGUUCUGUGUGGAACCACCAUCGAAAGACAGCAAACUGAUUCAACAUGAAAACGUCACAGUAACACCUCAUCUCGGAGCUAGCACAAAAGAAGCACAGGAAGGUGUAGCGAUUGAGAUAGCAGAAGCGGUAUCAGGGGCAUUGAGAGGCGAGCUAUCAGCUACAGCAGUCAACGCUCCAAUGGUUUCUCCUGAGGUCUUGUCUGAAUUGGCUCCUUACAUUGUCUUAGCUGAGAAGCUUGGGAGGUUGGCUGUGCAGCUAGUAUCUGGAGGUAAAGGAGUACAGUCCAUCAAGGUCGUGUAUCGCUCAGCUCGUGACAGAGAUGAUUUGGACACUAGACUGCUCCGUGCGAUGAUCACAAAGGGAAUCAUCGAACCGAUCUCGGAUUCGUUUGUCAACCUAGUGAACGCUGAUUUCAUAGCUAAGCAAAAGGGUCUUCGUAUCAGCGAGGAACGGAUGGUGGUUGACUCAUCACCAGAGUACCCUGUUGACUCCAUCCAAGUUCAGAUUUCGAACGUGGAGUCGAGUUUCGCUGGUGCUGUCUCUGAUGGUGGAGCGAUAAGUAUUGAAGGGAAGGUGAAAUAUGGAGUUCCGCAUUUGACUUGUGUGGGAUCGUUUGGUGUGGAUGUGAGCCUUGAAGGGAAUCUGAUACUGUGUAGGCAGGUGGAUCAGCCGGGGAUGAUUGGACAAGUUGGUAACAUACUUGGGGAACAAAACGUGAACGUGAGUUUCAUGAGUGUUGGAAGAACGGUUGUGAGGAAACAAGCUAUAAUGGCGAUUGGAGUUGAUGAGGAACCAGACAAGAAAACACUUGAGAGGAUUGGUGGAGUCUCGGCGGUUGAAGAGUUUGUGUUUCUCAAACUUUAA